GUUAUUGGAGAGGAUAACCCAGAAGUAGUUACGUUAGAAACAAAAGGAGAUGAGGAUAUGUUUGGAUGGGUCGAAAUGGUUGAUGACACUUGGUACAAUUCUGUAACUGGUGAAAAGAGUGACGUUUCGCCUUACCAAUAAUGCUAAACUUACAAGCCCUAAACACCUGAGCUUGCUGACUACUUGAAUUCCCACCAACGGGUUGCUUACAUUGCUUUUGGGCAAAUGGCUACACCUUCGCGUCACAAUAUUCUUUUGAUCUUGACGGGUCUUUUCGAAAGUAUAGAAGCGGGAUUUCUGGACGGUUUUAUUUGGGCUACAGUUAAUUCUGCAGAGUUUUUCCCUGAAAGUGUCACAAGCUCCUCAGGUACUGUUUAUCAAGUGAAAGAUAUGCUGGAUCAUGCUCAUCCUCAUGCGCGUAUGGUAAAAUGGGCUCCUCAGACCGCUAUUUUGUUACAUACUUCUACCCAUGUCUUUGUAUCUCAUGGUGGGUUAGGAUCUUGGUAUGAGUCUAUGUAUUCUGGUACGCGAAUGAUCAUGUUCCCCUUCUUUGGCGAUCAAUUUGGGGAUGCAUUGACGAUUGAACGAGAUAAUCUGGGCGGCCUUUUAAAACCGGAUGCUUCCAUAGCUACAGCUGUUCAACUCUUUAAAAGAAUCAGCGAGGACAAAAAUGGUGUUAUUAAAGAAAACGUGCAGCGCAUCCAGGCUCUUACUCAAAUUAGAGCUCAACAUGGUACUAUACGUGGAGCUGAUGUGGUAGAGGAGGUGUUGUUUACGCAUAAGGAUUCCCAACUUGUUCAUCGUCAAUCGGUUGAUCGUCAUAUGUCUUACAUUAAGUCUCAUAAUCUGGAUAUACUGGCUAUGUUGUUAUUAAGUCUUGGUUUAGUUCUGGCUUUUGUGUGCUAUAUGUCGUGCCAAUAUUAUGCUACCAAGUUUUAUAAGCAAAAGACGAAGAAACUUUAAAAAACAGAUACUAUGUACACACGUGUUUAACAGUCUUCUGAUCAUUGACUGGCUGCUUUUCUAUGUAUGCAUCUUAUUUUAAUAUUGUUUCUCUAGUAUCAUUGCAAUGUAUAAUAAAAUGAAAACACAGGAACAUAGUUUCCGUCGUCUUGUCAUAAA